AUGGCUCCAAGCAAACGCCUAGGCCUAGCUGUAUCUUUGGCAAGCAAAGCAGACUCGCCCAUCUACUUCUGGCGAGAGUACGGGUCUCAACACAGCUAUUUAUCACAAUGGUACCCAUCCCCGUUUACGGUCUCCGGCACAAGCAUUACCUACACCACUGCCGAACAGUACAUGAUGCAUCAAAAAGCAAUCCUCUUCUCAGACACUGAAGUUGCUCUAAAAAUCUUGGCCUCUCAAUCCCCCAAGGAACAGAAAUCUCUUGGGCGUCAAGUCAGUAAUUUUGAUGACAGAAUAUGGGAAGAGAACAGAGAGCGGAUCGUCGAAGAGGCUAGCUACUGGAAGUUCAAGACGGGUAAGGACGAGGGAGUGCUGAAGGGAGAGGGAGUGAGUUUGAGGGAUAGAUUGUUAGCGACCGGUGAUAGGGAGGUGGUGGAAGCAAGUCCGAGAGAUAGGAUUUGGGGCGUUGGGUUUGGAGAGAACAAUGCUCCGAAGAGGAGAGCGGAUUGGGGCUUGAAUCUUUUGGGAAAGGCCUUGGUAGUUGCCAGGACGAAGUUGAGGGAAGAAUGUACUGGAAAUGAUGGGAUAUCUGAUAAGGCGAAAGAGAAGGGGGAGAACGUAGAAGAUGUUCGUGAAGGACAGAAAAAGAGACGCAGGAAGAGUGAAGAUUAA